AUGGUCUCCAUUCGUGGCGUUCCCGGCCACUCAGGCUCGACGAACAACAAAGAGUCUGUUCCACUGAAAGACCUAGAGUCCGGCGGGUCCGGAAUCAAACUUGACAGCCACGACGAUUCGCAGGAAUCGAGCCGGUCAGAUGAUUCUCUAGACCUGCCAGAAGAUGAAGUUGGACAAGGACUUCUGGGUGGUCGAAGCACUAGACACCAGCACGCUCAAACUUCUUCUGGUCGAUCAGGAUGGUUUGGCUCUUUCCUCAGCGGCCCCGAUCCUCCGCGAAAACAUCGCAUCAACCCAUUUUUUGAGAGCUCGCAGACCGCGUCGAUCCGCGUUGUCAAACGGCUAUUCCCAAGUUUGAGGUCAAAAUUAAUAGCUUUGAUCGCGUUUCAUGCUCUAUGGGCGGCCAUUUUCUUGACGAUCCUGAAUUGGUCAGUUGUUGGGCCUGAGAUUCCGGGUUACGGCAUGCCGAAUCGACUCUCGUGCGGAGCUAGGUUGUGGCACAAUGGUACCCUCUGUGGAAUCGACGGCAAUGCAUGCCGUCCUUUUGACGAGCAAAAGUUUGCGUUCAAAUGUCCUGCCGGAUGUCGCGAUACUAUUCUCCUUGAGCCGUACACUGUAGGUGACCAAGAACUCAACUACAGAAGUCUUGUCAUCGGGGGCGCACCUGAUGCCGAAAAUGUGAUUGCUUCUUACCGCGGGGACUCCUUUGUCUGCGCUGCAGCAAUUCACGCUGGCGUCAUCAACCAUGCCGCCGGAGGAUGUGGUAUUCUUCGACGUACAGGCGAGCAAACCAGCUUCACCGGGGUGAAGCAGAACGGUAUCGAAAGCGUCGUAUUCAAUUCAUAUUUCCCAUCAUCUUUUGACUUUGAGAAAGAGACGACCGCUGUAUGUCGGGAUCCUCGGUGGUUGCUUUUUGCGAUAUCCCUUGUUUUCACCUCUGUGAUUUCUUUGUGCACUACAUCACCAGUUGUCUUCUACGUCUCUAUCUGGUUCAUUUCCUGGUUUCAGGUCGCGCUUGCAUCCGAUCCUCCUUUCGCUUCAGACUACCUUGAGGUCGUCUCAAUUGGCAUGGGUCGUUUGUUACCGGCAACCUUUGUCGGCUGGGGUAUAUACCAUUUCUGUAUCCGGGAAACUCUCACUGGUCUGACUGCACAAUGGGAGAAAACAAUACUAUGGCUUACGCCUUUCUGGGUCGGUGCUCUGAAUACAGAUACCUUUGACCGUAUCCCUAUCUCUCGCUUAACUCCACACGACAUCCAGCAGCAACCAGGGGCUAUCCCCGCAUUAAUCAUUAUCGUCGCCAUCCUUGUUGUCACCGUGGUCACGCAAGCAUGGGCCAUCUGGUCUGCGGGAAAACUGCCUCGCUAUCUGGUGAUAUACGGCGUCAUGGCAGGCACAUUAAUAAUCAUGAUAAUCCUCCCCCAACUCAACCUCCGCAUUCAUCACUAUAUCCUUUCGCUACUUUUCCUUCCCGGAACUGCUCUUCAAACUCGACCUUCCCUGGUCUACCAGGGCUUGCUGAUGGGUCUGUUCAUCAAUGGCAUCGCCCGAUGGGGGUUUGAUAGUAUUCUUCAGACUCCGAAUGCUUUACUUGGAGAUGCGCAGCUGGGCGGCGUGUUACCCAAUAUCACUGCCCCCGUCAUCGGCGCUGCCGGGAAUAAUCUUACAUUUUGGUUCUCUGCUCUCCCGAGCGAUGUUGCUGGUAUCGCGGUGAUGGUCAAUGACGUCCUCCGCGCUAACCUAUACCGUGCUGCUUCCAAGACGACUGAAACCAACACCGACGUUAAGACAGCCACGGACCUGUCAUUUGACUGGACACGCUUACAUCAAAACCAUUCGGAAUAUUUCCGGUUUGCGUAUAUGAAGAACGGUGCGUUGGGAGGGUUGUGGUAUGAGGAUUUUACCAAAGCUGGCACUUGGAGAGAGAAUGGGGAUUGGAUUCCAAUGGAUCAGGGUCUUUAA